CGCCCUCGUUCUGUCAUUUCAGCGGCAAAAGUAACAUCUAUCACUGGAAGAGCUGAUUGUUGAUUUUUUGACUAUAAAAUUAUAUUUUUACAAUAGAAAAUGGAUGAAGAGGGCGAUAAUCUGUUACUGGAAGAUAAUUACUAUCAGCUGCUAAAUGUUUCAAAGACGGCAACUCCAGAAGAAAUAAACAGCGCGUAUCGCCGGUUUUCGCGUAUGUUUCAUCCCGACAAGCACAGCACAGACCCUAACAAACAAAAAUGGGCCGAGCAAAUUUUCAACAAGGUGAAAGAGGCUUACGAAGUGCUUUCAGACUCGCACAAGAGAGCCAUCUACGAUACUCUUGGAAAACGUGGUUUGGAAGUAGAGGGCUGGGAAGUAAUAUUCCGUACGCGCACUCCCCGAGAAAUUAGAGAGGAAUAUGAGAGGCUGAAACGUGAGAGGGAGGAGCGAAGACUGCAGCAGAGUGCCAAUCCUCGCGGCACCAUCACUCUGUCUAUCAACGCGACAGACAUGUUUAUGAAAUAUUAUGAUGAGUAUGAGAUUUUGGAAGACACGACCAUCAUACCAAAUAUUGAAGUAUCAGGAAUGACCAUACAACAGUCAAUUGAUGCGCCCGUCACACUGAGAAACACAAUGACUCUGUCAGGGAACAUAUCAACACAAAAUGGAAUAGGUACCGGGUCCGUUAAUUUCUGCAACAGAAACCUAAGUUCUGAAAAAGGUUGGACUGAAGUGGAGUUUGGUAUAGGAAAUGGGCCACUUCUCGGUUUCAAGAUGUUCAGGACACUGUCCCGGCUAAUGUUCCUGAACUGUGGAACCGUGUUGCAGUUUACACCUAGAGGAAUUUCACCUAGUCUUAUAUCAACUAUGGCACUGCAGCUAGACGCACAUUCAGUGGGGUACCUAACGUACCGGGCAGGCGGUCAAGGGGGUUCUUCAAUGACCACAAUAUAUGUCCGUGACUCCGAGAAGUAUCACACGAACACAGCGAUGCAGAUCGGCAACCCACACUCCUUUAUAUCAUUCAAUAUCAUGAGGAAAUUGCCGCAGCAUGAUAUGAAACUUCGACUAGCUUUGAAAUUCGGUACGUUCGGCGCUAUAGCCGAGUAUGGUGCGGAGAAGAAGGUGUCACAGAAUAGCAGCGUUUCGGCCGCUGUCAUGCUCGGAGUACCGAGUGGUGUUAUGCUAAAGCUCAAGUAAUUCCUUAAAUAUAUUUCU